GACAACUUGGAAAACUUUACCUAUCAAGCAGUUAGGCAUUUUGCUGAGCUAUUAACACGGGAUAGUACACGAUGAUCGCUGUAUAUGAUUGAAGUAAGUCCAAGCCAUCCAGAGAUGAUAGAGCCACGGAAGCGACAAGCUGUUCUUGUUCUGUGUGUCCCUGCACUGACCAUCCUCUACAUAGUGAUGUGAUCCUAGUGGAGCAGAAACUAUGCCGAGAGUAAGUCAAUCCUCAGAGGAUGGCAGCAGAGGUUGCCAUGACGAUGUAAACACAGAGGAUGCAGUGGACACGCAGGGAGUGCCAGAAAGAGAAGUUAUGUUCAUGCCCCUGUUUCUGUGUGGGCACACAUACCCUAGUCUUCGCGCAGCUACGCAUGUCACCUUCUGUAGUGUGCACCAGCCACAGCCAAUGUACGUACCGCAAAAGUCGCUAAAAGUCUCCAUGUACUCAAACUGGAGAGUUGUGACUGAUGCAGCCAGCAUGAAGGAUCCGCCAUGGCGCAUGAUGGCUCUGUACAGCUCCCAUCACAAUCGAAAGCGCAACGUCAGCAUCCUUUACACUGUCGCCCACACGACGCUCGACCACAGAGGUGUUCUGACACACUCCAGCUACUGGGAAUGCCGGAAGAAGAGUGAGGAUCAUGAACAAUUGGAUGCUAUGACGGCACACGAAGCCGACCAGGAGAAGCCAACUGUCAUCGAUAGUGUCAGUAGCAAGCCGCCGAAGCUGCAGCUCCCACUAUCAUUUGAGCAGGAGGAUAAUCCUGAGAACAGCUCUGCUGUUAAGGCAACAAAGUCCUACGCAAGCCUCAGUGAACACUCGGCGAUGUUAAGGUUAGCGCCGAUGGCAGGAAGGUUGAUGCAGUUACCUGUCGAACAGUCAAAAGGGUUGAUGUACCGCCCUGCAGAAUCGUUAAAGGUUUUGCUGCCUUCACCAGUGGAGCCGUCGAAGGUAUUCCUUCAGUCAUCAGGGGAUGCAUCGAAAAUUUUAGUUCUUUCUCCCACGCCACCAGUGUCAUUAUUUCUUCAUUCCCGGGUGGAACCUUCACUCAGUGAACCACAACAGAGUGAAUCACUUCAGUCCUCAUCAACGUCCGCCAUCCUGUAUCCAGCCGUAGAUACGUCAGCCAAUUCUCAAAGGGUACCCGUGCAAGCAUUUCAGCGCAGUCUCUCGCACCUAGAUAAGGCUGAACCACAUUCAGCUUGCGAGAAUGCACAAACCGUGUUGUCAACAACAGUGGAAGCUCUCCGACUGCCCGUGACAAAGUCUAACGAGGUUGCUAAGGGGCGCUCGAUGAGUCUAGAACCGCCACGACUGACGCUCUCCAUCCAACAGCUUCCAGAAAUGUACAAACAGUCGGCGCAGUCACCAAAGUUGCCGCUACAGUCGCCGACCGACGUCACGAAGCUUCCCAUGCAAUCACCAACAGAGUCCGGCUCAUCCUCUUCCGUCGUGCUUCAAUCUCCGACCGACGGGGGAAGCAGCUGCUGUGGGAAGCAGCGAGGGCGGGUGCAGAUAUUUAGUGGCGGGUAUAAGUCGGACGAGGACUACACGUACGUGCGCGGACGAGGCAGAGGGCGCUACGUUUGCGAGGAGUGCGGCAUUCGCUGCCGCAAGCCGAGCAUGCUCCGAAAACACAUACGAACGCACACAGACAUACGGCCGUACAGCUGCAAACACUGUGAUUUCAAGUUCAAGACGAAGGGCAACCUCACCAAGCACAUGAAGUCGAAGGCGCAUCACAAGAAGUGCAUCGAACUGAACGUCAUCCCCGUGCCGAUUACCGUAGACGAUUCACAGAUAGAUGAGGACGCGCUGGCGAAGCAGGAGGAGGAGGCUGAGCACAUGUCAGGCUACAGUGACAAUGACAAUGACGAUGCUGACGACGCGAGUGAUGAUUUUGAGGAUGAGGUACUAGUGAGCGGCAGCAGCGGUGCGAUACCUCUGCACAAAGCACAACAUCCGUCUUCAGCAUCCGCCGGCUCCUUGCAGUUUGCUAAUGUGAUGGAACCGCAUAGAGAUUACCAACUGCAAAAGCUUCCUGGCACUGCAGCCACGUCUCCUCCCACUAGCAGUGCCCAGCCGCUAUCAUCAUCUUCCACUGAGUUGGAGCAGCAGGGAAGUGCGGCCAUCCCAAAGCAGUUCAGUCACGAAGGCAUGGAGAAAAUAUACUGUGAUAAAUUCCAAGACAUGAACGCAGGUCUGUUGACCGUGUCGACGGGAUUGCCGUCUAAGCCCAGCUACACGAGCCCACGCUCGCGUGCUCAUUACGAACAUCAGGCGAUGGUAGAGCAGAACGCAGUGCCGUCGGGCAACACUCUACACGGACACGUAGCGGGUAGCGCGAAAUCAAAGUACGGCGGAGUCGCCGGCGGUAGCGACGACAAGCACGAGCAAUUACCGGGUAAGGUGCCUCGCGUGUUGCGACGCGACGUCCGGGGGGAGCACGCGGAGAGACACGGCAAGCGGCAGCGGUCGGUGUCGGAGAACACGGCUGCUGAGCUGUCGCAGCUGCAGCAGCACAAGUUCUACAACAACAACUACAAGAGUCCCGGCGGGGAACUGCACCUCGCCGUGCCGACGACGACGACACUGGCGGCGUUUCACGGCAGCGACGCUCGCGGACAGCUGUCUCGCUCUUACCUGUCCGUGUCCGAGAUCGUGUUCAGUAAGCUGCACCAGCACAUGUCGCUGGUGAACGCAGGCGUGGCGAGGGCCGACGACAAUGGUUGCGGGGUCGCGGAUAAGUCGCCGUGCGACGGGAGCCCGACCGGCGACGGACAGCCGCGUAGCGUGAGCAAGACUCACCGUCUCGACUCUGUGAUAGGCGUCAUCAAGUCACGGCAGUUGAACCAGAUGCAUGCGUCGCCGGGCUCGUCGCAAGACGGCGAGGCGAUGACUAACUACCAGAGAUCGGGUGAGGGGCUUCCCCGGCCGAUGCUGUCCCCUGCCGGCUCGUCGCAGCAGGAGUUCGGCCACGAAUUGAGAUCUGCACCUCCAGGCCUUACCGCUGCCAGCUUGAUCGCUCUGAACUCAUUCCUUCCACCCCGCAAGCGCAGCAUUUCGGUCAACCUACCAUGCGGGUCCACCGAGCAAGAUGGCCCGGGCAACUACGGCCUCAAGGGCAUUCUCGAGUCAAAACGACGGAGCCCUCACCGGCCGAACAGCGUCGACUUGCAGCCGUGUGAGCUCUCCAUCUCCGCCGAGGGCAACGGUGACUCUAGUCCGCGUGAGGAGCAGCGACUGUGGAGCGUGGGGAGCGGGGGCGGGGGUGCUGCGCGCAGGUGGAAACACUACCAGCAGGCGAAGGGCGGGAGAAGCAGCGACAACCCCACGAGCCUCUCCCCACAGCAGCAGCAGCAGACCCCUCACGCAAUCUCUCCGAAGCCGCUGCCUGGCGACCGGCGUCGCGACGACGCGGGGUGUUCGGAUGCGGUGGCGGGCGACGGCGGUGAUGUGGCGAACACAGGUCAGCAGCACGCCGCUGAUGAGUUACAGCGCGCCGACAAAUACAAGUCGCUGCUGGAGAACGAGAUCAUGCCGAUCCCGGGCAAGGUGCACGAGGAGGAGAACGAGGGACGCUGCGUCUGCGACAUCUGCCACAAGGUGUUCUCUAAGCCGAGCUCACUGCGACUGCACGUCAACAUCCACUACUUUGAGCGGCCAUUCCGCUGCGACAGCUGCGCUGUCUCGUUCCGAACACGCGGUCACCUGCAGAAGCACCAGCGCUCCGAGAGCCACCUCAGCAAGCUGUCGCGCAACGUUGUGUACGGCGCGCCGACCGCCGACAACCCGCGCCCGUUCAAGUGCGCCGACUGUGGCGUCGCGUUCCGCAUCCAUGGCCACCUCGCGAAGCACCUUCGCUCCAAGCUGCACGUGAGCACGCUGGAG